AUGAAGUUUACAACCACCCUCCUCACUGCCGCCUACCUUGUACAGGGCCUGCUUGCUGUCCCAAACGGUGGGCUCGGCGAGCGGAUCAAAGCUCGGGCACUGCAGCGCCAGUCCCAUCCUAUGACUGGUCUGGGAAAAGACGAGACCAAGGAUGUAGAUGCCGAACACCGCGUGAAUGCCGAAGUCGUCUACAGCACAAACUGGUCCGGCGCAGUACGCGAGCAACCCCCACCAGAUGGAAACUAUACGUCUGUGACAGCUAGCUUCACGGUGCCAGAGCCCCGUCCUGCAGGUGACGCAGGUACACAGGCGGCGUCAGCCUGGGUCGGCAUCGACGGCGACACGUACACAGCGGCGAUCCUGCAAGCGGGGGUGGACUUUUACUGGGAGAACGGACAGGUUUCUUACGCUGCCUGGUAUGAGUGGUUCCCGGAUUUUGCGCACGACUUCAGCUUCACGGUGAAUGCGGGCGACAACAUAACUGUGACGGUUGAGUCGUACAGUCCCAGUAAUGGCGUUGCCGUCAUCCAGAACCAGUCCACGGGUCAGCAAGUGAAGCAGAAUAUAGCCGCGCCGAACGCGGAGGCCACGCUGGCGGGACAGAAUGCGGAAUGGAUCGUGGAAGACUUCCAGUCCGGGGAUUCGAUGAUACCGCUGGUGAAUUUUGGCAAUGUGACGUUCACCGGGAUGAAGGCCAAGGCGGGCUCUUCGACGUAUGGCGUCGACGGGGCGACGUUGAUUGAAAUGCAACAGAAUGGUACCGUUCUGACCAAGGUGCAGACCAACGGGAAUUCCGCCAUGACGGUGCAGUAUAUCGGCUAG